GACUUUUGUUUUGGAAAGCCGCUGCCCAGCGGUCGCCAUUAUUCUUCCUGGCUUGACGUAGCGAAGAAAGACGGUUAAAUCCUUUUUAACGUUAUAAUUCGGUGUGAGCGACAUCACGGCGAACGUCCACGGUGCCGCGGGCUGGUUGACAUGUGUUAGCGCCACUUCCUGUUCACGCGAUGGAGAAACGCUCCGAUACAGCAGGGGCUGGAGGUGCCCUGCCCCUCACCUCCCUCCGCUUGAUGGCCUCCCCCCUGCAGCUGACGUACUCGUACCUGUGGCAGGUCAUUCGACAGCGGAACGUGAAGCAGUACGGCAAGGUGGAGGAGUUUGUGACCAUGGUGACGCAGACGGUUCCCGAGCUGAUGGGCUUCAAGCAGACUGCCCAGCUCAUCCUGGGGUUGAGAGCGAGGAUCAUUUUGGACUUGCUUCACAAAGAGGGUCCACCGGAUACCCGAGCCAUUCAAAUUCUUAUCAACAAGUUGAAGGUCUCUUCUUCGGGGAAGGAGACAGAAGUGGAGAAAUGUCAAACCAACUUCUUGGUGCUGGUCCAGAGUCUGCUGAAAAACCCUGCUGAAAGGAAGCGCUUCUUUCAGGAAGUGUUUCCUGUUCAGUACGGCACAAAGUUUGACACAGCGCUGCAGGCUCUGACCGCAGGCCUGGUGUGCAAGCUGGAGCAGCUCCUUCCUGUUCCCAAUCUGACCCAGCUCGGUACCAUGAUCUCAUCCGAUCCCGGCCUCCUGGAGGCGUGUGGAGGCUUCAUCCCCGACACCAAGGACCUGAAGACGCUCCUCCUACACCAGCAGGCCAAAGGACUCCUUGGUGUUAAAGCUACCAUCUCUUCAUCAGUGGGCGAUUGCGUACUCUCUUCACUCGCCUUUCGGCCCAAACCAGUGGAGCCACCGCCACCACCACCACCACCACCACCUCCACCAGCAGAAUCACCGAAACCAUUACAGGUCACCCUCAUGGACACGAGCCCAGCCUCCCUUAGUGACACCGAAGACUUGGGAGUAAUGUCAGAGGACGCGGACAGCCCAGGAACUCCCGCUGCUAGACGACAGCUAAGAGGGCGACACAGUGAGAAAACCAGCAGGUGCAGCGCUGCGAAGGAAAGUGUCACAAAAUUAGCUCAGAGGGAGAAUCUGGCGCAGGAGAAGAGUUCCACGCAGGAAGAGUCUCCCACGACCGAACAGAGCACAGCAGAAGACGGAGCAACAGCAACAUCAGAGAAACCAGAGCCACAACAGUUGCCGUUGAAAACAAUCCCUUUCAAGGUAGUUCCGAUUAAAACUCCCUCCGCCUUACAGAACACAGGCAGUGCAGGAACGAAAGAUGGUCAAAAGCCCCAGACUCAGAGAGUCACGCUGCAUCAGUGGGUGUCGCAGAUCGCCACUAAUUCUCUCUCACUUCCAGCGUUGCCACCGCUUCCCCCAGCCAGUCUGGGUGGAGGAUAUGGCAUAAGACCGAGGAAAAAGCAAAUCAGGCCGUCAUCUGACAGAUUUACCUGCAGCGUGUGCGAUAAGAGCUUCCCUUAUCAGUCCAAGCUAAUGGACCACGAGCGCAUUCACACCGGAGAGAAGCCCUUCAUGUGCACGGCGUGCCACAAAAGUUUCCGAACACAGGCGUUCCUCAACAACCACCUGAAGACCCACAGCACGGCGCGUCCCUACGCUUGCGGCCAGUGCGGCAAGUGUUACACGAAGCUGCAGAGCUUGACGAAGCACAUCCUCGCCCACAAUGGCCAAAAGCCCUUCUACUGCAACAUCUGCAACAAGGGCUUCACGCAGUCCACCUACUUCAAAAGACACAUGGAGUGCCACACCAGCCAGGUGACGUUCCCCUGCAAGCACUGCAACAAGAACUUCCCGACAGCCUUCAAGCUGACGAACCACGAGCGCUGGCACACCAGGGAUCGCCCCCACAUGUGCGAGCGCUGCGGCAAGAGAUUCCUCGUUCCCAGCUUGCUGAAGAGACACAUGGGCUACCACAUCGGCGACCGCCAGUAUCUCUGCUCCCAGUGCGGCAAGACCUUCGUCUAUUUGUCCGACCUGAAGAGGCACCAGCAGGACCACGUGCCCAAAGCGAAGAUCCCGUGCCCGAUCUGCCAAAAGAAGUUCUCCAGCAAGUACUGCCUGAGGGUGCACCUGAGGAUUCACACCAGAGAGAGGCCCUACCGGUGCUCCAUAUGCGACAAGAGCUUCACUCAGGUGGGGAAUCUGAAGGUUCACAUCCGCCUGCACAGCAACGAGCGACCCUUCAGCUGCGACGUGUGUGGGAAAACCUACAAGCUGGCGUCCCAUCUGAACGUCCACAAAAGGACUCACACGUGCAAGAAGCCCUGGACGUGUGACACGUGCGGGAAGGGAUUCUCCGUCCCCGGCCUCCUGAAGAAGCACGAGCAGCUGCAUACGAGGGAGGCGAACCCCGACUUCGCCGGCAAGCGCAGGCACAGGGCUAAGCACAAGAAGCACUCCCUGAAGAGGAAGUACGACGAGGAAGACGAGGGCAGUGAUGAUUAUUAAACGACGCCUCUGAUCAGUGGUGAGGCUGAAGUCUCUAAAAUGUCCAGACGGCUACUGCUCAAGUUAAUCUUUAAAUCAUGUGAUUGUCAUUGUGGUGGCGAUCUGAGUCGUCACCGUGAAAACACAUUUUGACUGAUAUCCUUUUUUAUCAUGGAAUUUAAAAUAAACCCUCCGAGUCUCUACUAAUUAUGUCCAGUGUUUAAAUGUGUAACAGAGCAAAUCCUCAUAUAAUGAGUUACUCAAAGUUGUCACAUUUACAGAACAAUAAGGUAGUAAUAGAGUAUUUUGAUCAUUUUCAGAUCUAUUUUAGAGAAUUGUUUAUUAUUAUGACAGAGAAAGAAAUGUUUUGUUUUUUUCAAGCGUCACUUUUCUAGAGGCUACCUUAAGCAUUUAAAAAAAAAAUUGGUAAAUCAAGGAAUUCAAUGCAUGUCACUGUCAAUCAUUUGUCUGCUGUGUAAGGAAAUGUGGUCACUUGGAAACAUUCAACUUUGUUACAGUAUCCUUGUGCCUCAAAGCCACGUACUUUUAUAUUUAACCAUGAAAUGUAAUCGUUACAACUGCUUCUGCUUUUGUGUUAGACUGAAAAUAGGCUGAUUUGUGUUUGUAAGCAUCUUUUUAUCCAGCGUUAUAUAUGCGGUUGUGUUGCCCUAACGGUGUUGAAUUAAGACAAAGGGUUGAGCACAAGAAUCAUUUAACAUUGUGUAAAGUGUGCCGUGAAGCUUCAUCUUUCCUUUACUUAAGCUAUUGUGAGCAGCCUUGUAUCAGCAUCUUUAGUUUUUGAUGUUUUACAGAAAAAUAAAUACUCUUUGUAAAAAGG